UAUAUUAGAUAUACAUAGAGAAAAACCAAAAGAGAGGAAAAGAAGGAAUAUAUCAUAUCAUCAAGAGCUUUUGUCUAUAGUGUCUACCAUAUUUAUGCAAUUAUCACAUAUAUAGUAUAUGAUAAAUUAAUUUCUUCUUGAUAUUUUGAAACCACCAAAAAAUUAAACAUGAUGGCUGCAGAACAUCAAAGAAUUCAUCCUGUUCAUGAUGUGGAGGCACAACACAGACCAUUGGUGCCUCAAAACAUUGCAAAAUCUGAUGAUAAGGGUAUUCCUCAUCGCACUUUUCCUGUGAUGCAUUCAAAGCCACCUAAGAGAAGAAGAAGCUGUUGCUGCAGGUUCAUGUGUUGGACACUUAGCAUAUUACUGAUUUUGAUAAUUGCUAUUGCCAUCACAAUAGGGAUCCUAUACCUUGUUUUUAGGCCAAAGCUCCCCAAAUACUCAGUGGACCAACUGAGGAUAAGCCAGUUCAAUGUUUCAGACAACAACACCCUCUAUGCCACCUUCAAUGUUGCAAUCACUGCAAGAAACCCUAACAAGAAGAUUGGAAUAUACUAUGAGGGUGGAAGCCACAUAAGUGCUUGGUACAUGGAAACACAAUUGUGUGAAGGGUCUUUGCCAAAAUUCUACCAGGGUCACAGGAACACCACAGUGCUUGAUUUGCCUCUAACUGGUCAAGCACAUGAUGCAAAUGGCUUGGUGAAUAGAAUUCAGGAGCAGCUGCAACAGACCAACAAUGUUCCUCUCAAUCUUAAGGUGAAUCAGCCUGUGAGGGUUAAGCUUGGUAAGUUGAAGCUCUUCAAAGUCAAGUUCAGGGUUAGGUGCAAGCUUGAGGUGGAUAAUAUUCUUGGGGCUAGUAAUGAUAUUAGAAUUUCUAGAAGUAGUUGUAAGUUCAAGCUUAGGCUGUGAUGAAUUCACUAGUACAUAUAUUAUUAUUGUUGAUUAGAAUUAUAUAUAUAUAUACAUAUAUAUAUAUAUAUAUAUAUAUAUACAUAUAUAUAUAUAUGCCAUUGUUAUAUUAUAUUACUAUUACUAUUUCGUUUCAUCUUUUUGUGGUUUGUUUGAUUGAAAUUUUUCAUAAAGGAUGGAGGAUCAGAUGUGGGUUUUUUCUCUCUCCAUUGGCACUUUUGAGUUACAGUUCAUGUAAUUUGAUUCUAGCUAUUUAUUAUUCAGCCUCUAUUUCUUAUUCACAAA